ACGGUAAAACCCGGAGCGGACGAGAACGCGACGCGGCCUUGUAGUUCGCGGGUUGUACUUUCAAACGGCUCGGAAACAGCUUCGGCUGUAGCGCCCUCCAGAGGUCGGGGGAGAGUUUGGACCGACCUGCGCUACGUACUGACAAGAAGAGGUAGAACAAGACUAUAAAGGAGGACGAGGACGUUAAUGGCGGUUUCAUACUCUCUGGGCGGGAAACCUUGCACUUUGAGCCUUGCAGUAAAGGAUGACUUAGUCACAGUGAGGAAAAGCGAUCUAGAGAAGUUAACCACAGAAGUGAUGCAGCUAAAAGAGUUCCUGCCCAGAGUUCUGAGUGGAGACCUGAUUCAGAUGCUGCACAAAGCCAGAAGUGCUCAGACAGUGAAGGAGCAGCUUGUGCAGGAGCAGAAGCAGUUACGACAGGAGUGUCUGCACCUCCAGUCCCGGCUGGAGGCGGUGCAGACUGAAUGUCAGAAAGAAAGGGAGGAGAAGCUGCUGCUACGUGAGCAGCUGUGGCAGAGCGGAGCAGAGCUGCAGCAGCAGGCAGAAUUCUGCUCUGGUCUUGGGUCUGCAGCUUGCGGUCUAUUGUGGAGUUGCUCAGCCAAAGAGGAUGCAGUGACACAGUGGUUGGCCGAUGGGAAACUCCAGUCUUUCUUUUGUGUAGCUGCUCAAACUCUGGAGAGCUUUGUCGGGUCUCUGGAUGAGGAGGUGAAAGCUGAGGACCACAACUCCCAGGAGCACCAGUUUGUGUUGGCUCUGGCUGGAACAAUCACUAACAUAGCAGCUGCUUCAUGUGGCCGUGACUUCCUUUCUAGCGAGGCUCAUGUUCUACUGGACACUCUCUUGAAGCUUCUGGGGCAGAUGAAACACGGUUUCUUCCCCAAACUGAAAGUGUUGAUGCUGAUGGCACUGUAUAAUGUCAGCAUCAGUGUUAAAGGGUUGAAGUAUAUCAGUGAGAACCCAGGACUCCUGCCUCUCAUCUGGACUCUGUUGGAUGAUGGAGACUGGGAGGUGUGUCUCCACACUUUGCGUCUUCUACAGUCAGUGUUGUUGGAGGAGGAUGUGCUGCUGCUACUGGACUUUCCUCUGCUGGCUCCACAGCUUCAGGCUUGUGUCAGCAAGCACACAUCUAGUAUUCAACCAAGUCUGCGACAGGCUGCUCAGCAGACCCUGGAGGAUCUAGAGGCCCUGCAACAGAGCUACAGAUAACAAUUCAUUUAGGUUUUUCUAGCAUUUCACCUCUGAGCAUCCCCAUAUCUGAUGUUCACAGAGCUCUGUUCAUGGGUGUACAGGGUAAACAAUCUUGUUUGGGAGAUUGUAAAGAGGCCAACGUUUAAGGUGAGUGUAUGGAACCUUCCCUCUUCAUUGAGAAGACUAUUGGUAACUGCUAACAAUGGGGUCUUGCAAUUUAAAAUAAUACUCCAACUAUAUUAAAUAUUUGUAAUAUCUGGAUAGAUACUUUUGAAAAGCUUCUUAAAUUCAUGAGCAACUUCAAGUUGUUGGUGUGAUUUGUGUGUUUUUAGGGUUGGGAAUAUAAAAAAACAGACUUUGUUAUAGACUCAGGGUCUUCAGUCCGGUUCUUCCACUUCAUGUCUUCAGGUCAUCUUACAUCUGUUUGUUUCUCUGGGCUGAUACCAGCACUUCAAAAUGCCCAUUUAGUUCAUUCUGUGUCAAUGCUUUGUUUUAAAUUGAACUGAUAACUAUUACUAUUAAACUCCAGUGACUGUUAAGGUUUUAGAUUUGUUCAUCUUAAUCUGUCUUAGGUGGUUACUUGGUUAAUGUGAAUAUGAUAAUGUAAGUUUGUAGAAGACACAUUAAAGAUGGUUGUUUGUAUACUGUC